AUGCCAUAUGAGGUGGUCACACCUUUCGAAGUCGCUUUCCAAGAUCGCAAGGGAGAAUUCUGCUAUUUUCACCGCCAGCUCAUGUGCUACUCCAAGCUCCUUCAAAUUAUAGCAUGGCUGCCUACCACAUCAAGUCUGACCAACAGGGAGCCAAACAUGGGUGCAACAAAUGAGGAGACGCUAUGGACCAUGUACCACGAACACUCUAGCAAAGUCAUGGGCCGACGAGAACCGACAGAUGACGGAUAA